AUGCUAGGUUUUCUUAGGCAAGGUACUGCGGGUUUCCGUUUAAAUUGCACCCGUAAAAUAUUAUACAAUGCUUUGGUCCGGAGUAACUUGGAGUACGCUAGCGUGGCAUGGAACCCUGUAUAUGUUGUUCACUCUCAACGCUUGGAGGGUAUUCAGCGUGCAUUCACUAGGCAUCUGGCAUUUAUUACGCAGGGCGUGUCACACCGGUCACCAUAUGAGCAUCGUCUUGCCUUUUUUAAAAUGAACUCGUUGCGUAGCCGUCGAAGGGAUCAGGAUUUGGUGUUUUUGCACGGACUUGUCAACGGUAAAAUAAAAUGUAAUGAGCUCCUAGAACGUGUUACAUUGACGGUGCCUGCUCGCAUACCCCGACAUCCUAUCAAAAAACUUUUGCCUUGCCUUCUGCCUAAAUGUGUUUAUAAUGCUAAAUUCAGCGCGUCUAUUUUGAAACAUGUAACAAAACUGUAUGACCUAAAAUGGGAGCUACGUAGAGGCGAAAUAUUAGCUGAGGAACGUGGAGCCAUCAUUGUUUCAAACCAUCGAUCAUCUCUCGAUAUUUUAGGACUGUUUAACAUCUGGGAAUUGGUUGAUAAAUUAACAGUCAUUGCUAAAAAAGAAUUAAUGUAUGCCUUUCCGUUUGGAUUGAUGGCAUACCUUUCUGGAAUCGUAUUUAUAGAAUAG